UCCUGGAGGCCGGGACGGACUGAAGGGUGGACAGAGGGACGGCCCGGCGUGCAGCCCUCCUGGCGGCCCGGGCUCAGGGAAGGGAUCUGAUGUGGGGCUCCGGAGCGGGGCGGCGGCUUAGCGAGUCCUAGGAGUCGCGGGCGGGGACCGGGUCCGGGGCUGGGGGGCAGGUGACUUUGAAGGUCGCUGGGAAGUGAGGGGAGUCACCUGAUCGGGGCCGAGGGAGCCUCCCUCACCUCGGAGGCGGCGGGCAGGAAGCUGGCAGAUGCGAGGGACGCGGGCACGGGAGGGCGCAGCCGGCCGGGGGCUGCCUUAGUCCGGAGCUGCGGCGGGCGGGCCAGCCCUCCGUCCCCUCUUUGCUCCCCGCCGGGCCGGGGCCGGGGCCACCGGCUGCCUCCGCUAUGUCCCAGCCCGCCGCCGCCGGCAGGAUGCACUCCAAAAAGGCGGGGAUCCGAGCCGCUGUGGUGCUCAUUGGACUGCUGCACAAGUCCCGAAAGCAAAAUAAAGCGAAAAGGAAACAGGAGCUAGCCAACAACACAGAUGUGACCAUCCCAGACCGGCCUCUGUCCCCUCCCCUCACGGCUCCCCCAACCAUGAAGUCUGCAGAAUUCUUCGAGAUGCUAGAGAAGAUGCAAGGCAUCAAACUGGAGGAGCAGAAACCAGGACCUCAGAAAAACAAGGAUGACUACAUCCCAUAUCCCAGCAUUGAUGAGAUUGUGGAAAAAGGAGGCCCUUACCCCCUGGUCAUCCUGCCCCAGUUCGGUGGCUACUGGAUCGAAGACCCAGAAAACAUUGGCACGCCAACAUCAUCCGACAGCAGCAUCUUUGAGGAGGAGGAGGAAAACCUCAGCCCCGGCAUGUUUGGCUACCGGCUGGAGUGCAAGGGAGAAGCUCGGGCGUACAGGAAACACUUCCUAGGGAAGGAUCACUUAAAUUUUUAUUGUACUGCUAGUAGUCUGGGAAACUUGAUUCUGUCCAUCAAGUGUGAAGAGGCCGAAGGCAUCGAGUACCUGCGGAUCAUCCUCAGGUCCAAAGUGAAAACCGUUCACGAGCGGAUUCCCCUGGCAGGGCUGAGCAAGCUGCCCAGCAUCCCUCAAAUUGCAAAGGCUUUCUGUGAUGAUGCUGUGGGUCUGAAAUUCAAUCCUGUCCUGUACCCCAAGGCUUCCCAAAUGAUUGUGUCCUACGAUGAGCACGAAGUCAACAACACGUUCAAGUUUGGCGUCAUUUAUCAAAAAGCCCGCCAGACGCUGGAAGAGGAGCUGUUUGGGAAUAAUGAAGAGAGCUCAGCCUUCAAGGAAUUCUUGAGUCUGCUGGGAGAUACCAUCACACUACAGGAUUUUAAAGGCUUCCGAGGUGGCCUGGACGUGACCCACGGCCAGACCGGGUUGGAAUCGGUCUACACGGUAUUCCGGGACAGGGAGAUCAUGUUUCAUGUCUCCACAAAGCUUCCAUUUACUGAAGGCGACGCCCAGCAGCUCCAGAGAAAGAGACAUAUCGGGAAUGACAUUGUGGCUAUCAUCUUCCAAGAAGAAAACACCCCCUUCGUCCCCGACAUGAUCGCCUCCAACUUCUUGCACGCCUACAUCGUAGUCCAAGCUGAAAACCCAGCUGGCGAGACCCCAUCCUACAAGGUCUCAGUCACUGCUCGAGAGGAUGUGCCGCUCUUCGGUCCACCCCUGCCCAGUCCACCGGUAUUCCAGAAGAGCCCCGAGUUCCGGGAAUUUUUGCUUACCAAACUCACCAACGCGGAGAAUGCCUGCUGCAAGUCGGACAAAUUCGCAAAGCUUGAGGACCGGACCCGGGCAGCCCUGCUGGACAAUCUCCAUGAUGAGCUUCACACCCACACGCAAGCUAUGCUGGGGCUGGGGCCUGAGGAGGACAAGUUCGAGAAUGGGGGCCACGGGGGAUUCCUGGAGUCUUUCAAGAGAGCCAUCCGUGUGCGGAGCCACUCCAUGGAGACCAUGGUUGGGAGCCAGAAGAAACAUCAGAGUGGAGGGAUCCCAGGCAGCCUCAGCGGGGGCAUCACACAUAACAGUGUAGAGAUGACCAAGACCACGUUCUCGCCUCCAGUGGCAGCAGCCACAGCGAAGAACCAAUCGAGGAGCCCCAUCAAGCGGAGAUCAGGGUUGUUCCCCCGCCUGCACACGGGCUCUGAAGGCCAAGCUGAUAGCAGGACACGAUGUGACAGUGUCUCUAGCACUCCCAAGACCCCAGAUGGUGGACAUUCCUCACAGGAGGUGAAAUCAGAAACAUCGUCCAACCCCAGCUCUCCGGAAAUCUGCCCCAACAAAGAGAAGCCUUUUGUCAAGCUGAAGGAAAACGGCCGAUCCAGCAUCUCCCGGUCCUCAUCCAGCACCAGCAGCUUCAGCAGCACAGCCGGGGAGAGUGAGGCCAUGGAGGAAUAUGACACUGUGAGCAGCCAGCCCUCCACAGCUUCUCCCUUCAAGCAGGAAGUCUUUGUCUACAGCCCGUCCCUGAACAGCGAGAGCCCCAGCCUGGUAGCAGCUGCGACCCCUGUCAUCAUGAGCCGGAGUCCGACAGACUUGAAGAACAGGAACUCUCCGAGGUCCAACCUGAAGUUCCGCUUUGAUAAACUCAGCCACACCAGUUCCAGCGCGGGUCACUAGUGGGGAAGAGAAGUCCUUCACCUGUCAAAGGGCAGUCCUGCCUCAGCCCAGGGAGACGGCUCUUCUUUCACCAAGACCUUGGGAACCUCUGUCCACUACACUAAUCCCUGAAGCUGCCCCCAUGCCGCUGGCUUCAGGCUGAGGCCGGCCUUCCACUCAGCACCCUCCGUACCCCAACCUCCCCCGCCAUUCCGGUGGCGGCAGGCCUGGUGGGCACACCCCCCACCUUUCUGAGAGGAGGCUUCUCGUACCAUGUAGCAUACACUGGACACGCUGGGGCCCAGCCCCACUCCCAGGGCCCAUGCCCUUAGGUCAGUUUGUCAAUUCAACUUGUGUAUUCCCUGACUGCGCCACAGCCCGGCUUCCAGCCAAUGCUGUGGGUGCAUCUGUGCUCUCUCUGAAGGUGAGCACGUUCGCCAGAAGGUCUCUCUAAGCUUCCCCCGCUCCUGUCCCGUCCCCUCUGGUCCCCACCAUGCUGCGUCUCCAUCUUGGUUUUGUUCAGUGCCAUCUGUGAAUGGUGGGCAGACGUCAGGCUUUGGGUUCCCAGCCGGAUCAGUCUGAGAGUAGCUAAGUUAGUCUUAGUUAGCCCUCUGCCCACAGGCAGGCUUUCUUUCCCCCUUCCCUGAUCCAAAUUCCAUCAUAAAGUGCCAGGAAGGCCCAAGACUUACAUUGGCAGGGCCCAAACGUCCAGAUCUCUUUCAGGGAGCAGCUUUUGUGAAGGGGACAAGACAUCCCUCCGGAUGCUCCCUUUGGGAAUGGGCUUGGGAAGGAUGAGACAGAGACAAAUAGACACAGAGAGAAAGAGUGAGGUUGAAAAGCUAGGAAAGCUGGGAGCAAACCUUCAGCCUCAUUGACAGCAAGCUCAGGGAAGGGGAUGCUUUGAAGGUCAGUGGUCUGUUCUAGGCUCCUGGGAGUUACAUCAUCACGUCUCAAAUAAAGUUGCCCUGGGCAUCCCCCGUCACUGGGGAAGAUGUCUCCAGGUAGGAUUUCCACUCCCUUUUAGCGAUCGCCAUCUUCCUCCCAGAAACCAAGUUUGGGAGAGUUCUGGCAAAAUGCAUCAGGACCAGCUGGACCACUGUUGCCCCAUCCCAGUGGGCUUCCCAAAGCAUUCAUUUGUUAGCUCAACAAGCAAUUCUUAAACAUUUGCUGGGGAUUGGGAGGUGGCAUCCCUCCCUUGUUCCCCUCCGCUUUCCCCAACGUCCCGGUGAAACCACUUCAGCACCUUAAGCAGAUGUUCAUUGAUGUGGGUUGCUUGCAUCCUUCCGUAUCCAAAGUCAGCCCUACCUCUUUCCAUUCAGAGUGGAGGUCACUUUCCUUGGCUGCUGGAAGGAGACUCCCUUUCCCCCCAUCUUCCCUAGCUCUGAUGGGGAACUCCUUGUGAGGGAGCGAGAGGUCAAAUGCAAGGAGGGACAUGGGGUAGUCUUUAGUUGGUACCUUCCAGGAGGGAACAUACAAGUGUGCCAAGGCCAUGAGACCCGGACCCCGGCACAGGUGUCUGCUCACACGUGGAAUCCACUGGUGGUAGGCCUUGAUAUUUUGAUUUACCCUCCUUCCUUGCCUGGGCUGCAAGAUUGAGAGCUGGACAUCACAAGACCAAAUGCAGCUCAUGGGAUUAUAGAUCCAAAGCUGGAAGGGAACCUCAGAGACUCUCUGGUCCCUCAUUUUACAGAUAAGGAAACUGAGGCUCAUCAAUGCAAAGUGACUUAUUCAAGAUCACAAAAGUAGUAAGAUUCAGAGGUAGAAUUAGAUUCCAGACCCUGACUUUCCAUUACACCAGGGCCAAAUGGCUGCUUUUACUGUGAGGCCUGGACCCCUCCCCUUUUCCUGUCCCGUCCUUCCACCCCCUGCGCUAUUUGCUGUACAGCUCUGGGAUCAGUCUCCAUGGGCUUCUGCUAAUUCCAAGGUAGUAGUGUGCCUAGACAGAAGAGCAUAUCUCACUGGCCCCAUGCCACAGCAAGUCAUUUGCCUUUAUUUGUUAACUCUCGUCCCAGAGACACCACCUCCUUAUGGACCAGCUUAAUUCAUCAAGGGUGUUUCCCCUCUGACGACACUCAGUCCAUCUUCUCAAUCAGAAAUCGGAAACUUUCUUGAGAUUUGGAACAACAAAAGUUUGAUGUAGCUUGAGGCCCUCUGACUCACGUCCCAUGAUACUGCCACCAAUGGCCUUGGUGUAGAUGGAGGCUGAAUUUGUCAUUUGAUUUUAGAGUCUGAGCUGGAUAACACCUUUGGGGAAGUCCAGCAUCCUUGUUUUCGAGGAUGCCCACUGACCCAAAGUCUCGGCCAAAAUUAGCAUUGUCUCAGAAUUUCCAAAUAAUCUACAGUGCUCCGAUUCAAAGCAGGCUCUCAAAUAAUUUGGUGGGGGGCUCUCAAGCAAUUGAAUGAAGCACAGAAGCUUCUAGUGAUGGAGAUCCUGGGGUCCACAUGCCCAGAGGCCUCCAAAAGCAUCCCCAACAGAUGCAUCUACCACAUGAGAGGUCUUACUCAAACUGCUUUAACAAAUGGAUCAGAGGCACUUCUAAUUCUAAUCAAACAUGGAUCCCAGGAGGUUUCCCCCACCCAAGCGGAAGCAUCCUGCUUUCCUUUUCCUUGAGUGGUGGUAUGAUUUCCCACUGAUUUCACCAUGAUAAGUUAUAGAAGCAAGGACUCCAUUGAUUUGGAACUUGUAAUAAUUCAAUAAUAGGCUGGGGUCCUCUUAUAUUUCCUCAGAAUGUGAGGACCAGAAAGAAGCUUCAGAGUUACCUGCUGUAAACCUUUAUUUUGAAAGAUGAGGAAAUAGGGUUUUUUGCUCAAGAAGAUCUGAGCAAUUUGCAGAAGUAAUUUAUGCCCAAGGUCAUUUAGUGGUAGAUCUGGGACGAUGAUCCAGGCUUUCCCCCUGCCUGCCCUCCCACCCCAGUCACUCCUCUUUCCUUUUUCCCAUGCUGCCUAUCUGAAAUUCCCCUUUACACACUACCUAUAAGGAGAGGAGUUUGUUUAAAUAAAUUAUUAGUCUAAAUAAGAUUGCUCUUAUAAACAACUUCUCUUGAAAGUUGGCCUAGUCAGGUGCUCUUAAAAAAUAUCUUUGGCAGCACCCAUUUGUACAUAAACAAUGUGAUUAUUACAUGUGAUUCUUAUCUUUUUCUUCAAGCAGGUCAGGUAGGACUUGGCCACACUUUUCAUUGUGUCUCAUGUCUUUGAAAGUCAUAAACAAUGUUUAGUUGCAAAAUACUCUGUAUUUCUUUUCACUUGUCACGAAUUCAGCCUUCUUCCCCGGGUCCUGUCCCUGUCCCUUACCCAGCUUAGUCAAAUAAGUAAGUUUUGACUGUAGCUGCUUCCAUCCGCUUAGAAGCAGCAGUGCCUUUAAUCAUGGUUUGGGGUGUUUGCUUUUUUUAGGCUGUAUUGUGUCUCCCCACCUGUGAAGCAUCAGGCUCCAUCCCCUCCUACCACCCUGGCUGGCUCUAACCCACUCAGCUUACCUCCUGGCAGGUGACUGUCUAUCCUCUCUGCUGUUCCUUGGGGAUGGAGGUUGGCAAGAGUAGAAAAGCAGCCUUCGAUUCCCAUUUCCUUAUAUGUCAGCUUCAGUAGCUUCUGAAAUGGCCCUUCUGCCUUCGGGUCUGGCACUGAGACCCAGCAUCCUGUAAAUAUUUACCCUGUUGGCUUAAAGAGUGAAUACUAUCUGCCCUUCUGUGUCCCUGGUGCCCAGGAGAAGGAAGAAAGGGUAGGAACAAAGUUCUUCCUUGUGCCUCUGGAUUUCAAAUUUAUUUAUAGUACCACAAUCUAAAUUUGGCUUUUAAGCAACCUAAAAGACUGGUUGGCACAGUAACUCCUACCAGUGGGGGCCUUAGUGCCUACAUGCCAGGGUCCCCUGAGAGCUUCUCUUGCAAUUGCAUCUAUGGCAUUAUCAUACCUUUUUCCUGGACUCUAGGACUGUGGUGUUGCUCUUUGGGCUUAUUGUUGUCAGAUGUGAGGAGUGGAGAAUUAAGAGAGCCCUGCUGGUGGUUAUCUCUCAACUUUGAACAUUUGGAUGAUUCUCAUUAGGAAUUUGAGAAGUUUGCUUUUGUGCUAUCAGUGAAGAAAGUGUUUGUCAGGUAUGCUUAUAGGCAGUAGUAGGGAUCGGGGAAUAUUUCAUCUACUUGAGGAAAUAAAGCAUUUUCAGGCACUUUGGCAGAACCUGACUGCUUACAAAUGAUGCUUAAUUCUAUAAGACAACCGGAUCCAGCAGAACCCUUCUGUGUAAACCUUAGGUCAGCUAGAAUGAUUGUUUAUGUUUGCAAAGUAACAGGUCUACCUUCCUCUCGAAUGGUCAGGUUGUCAUUAUUUUAGCCAGGCUUCAAAAUCCCAGAAACAAGAGGCUGUUAGAACUGGCAGGACCUUUGGAAACCAUCCAAUCUUACUCCCUCAUCUUACAGAGGGCAUUGCCACCGAGCUGGGACUAGACACCAGGUCCCAGGUCCCAGUCCAGUGCUCUUUCCACAAUACUAUGCUCACCACCACCACCACCAUUCAUUUGAAUGAAUGAUAAUAACUGAGGUCCUUGCAUUCUACCAAAGUGAAUAAGUUGGGCUCUCAAGGUUUGCACCUGAGUCAGCCUUUCUUAGGGGUUGUGGGACUUGGCCCCAGACACGUACAGAGUGGAAGUGUUGAGUUGAAUGAGAUGGAAUUGGAGGAACAAUGUUGACUUUUUCUAGCAAAGACUCUAGGACUUUGAGUGCACCAAGAAAAUGAAAAGUCCACGUGGCCAGCUAGACCCUGGAUCCACAGUGGUGACUGAGCCUUAUACUAGCUCACCAACCCCAAGUCUUUGGUAGGAGUUGGGGCUGGGACCAAAAACAAGGUAUAGUUUAAACACACCCCAGUUCCCUCUUGGCAGAUAGCAAAGAAGUAGAGCCUAAAGAUUUCUGUUCUGUCCCACCACCUCAUUCCCCCUAACGAGCACAGUGGGAGGCUAGAUGUUGUGGUGGGACACCCAUCAGUUAAUUUAGUUAAUUUAGUCCCCAGGGACUGCAAAAAUAAACAUGAUUUAUUACAUUCCUACAUUCAUAAAGAUUAGGCCCAAAUAAUGGUGGAAUUGUUUGGGGAGAAGGGGAUCUAGAUAGCAAGGCUCAAAGAAGUAGCCCCUCAAAUGAUAUAGACCAAUGGGUGACCAUCCUCUAAUUGCUGGGAGUGGUGGUGAGUUAGUAUUAGCCAAGGGCAGGGGUCCCCAGAAACUUCUCUGAAGUAGAAGGCCAGGCACUCAGGGUCAGUUCUGGGAGAAUUUUGUUUGCCCAAGCUCCAUUUCCCUUCUCUUCUCCCCCCCAAAUCCCGAGGAAGGUGAGCCAUGCUGGUGAGGCUGACCUCAAACUGUUGUGUUUAAUACCCAUCGCCCUGGGAGGAAAGAGGGGCCAGUCUACAGAAGUGUCAGUCAAUGAGAGGUGAGCACAGCAGAAAAGGACCCAUCGAUGGCCCCAGAAGGAGAGUAUUUGGCUUCCUGCUUUGUGUCUACUGUGGGAAGCCCUAGUGGGUGAGCUGGAAAGGAAACGAAUUCCCAUCCAUCCCCUUUCUUUUGUGACAUCCCACUUUCCCUGACUUUGUUUUCUGCUUGAAUGAAUAAACCUGUCCCUUUCUAUUUCUCUCGAUGAUCUCCUAGCAUGGUUGAAGACCCAACUUUUUCUUUUUCAUGAAUGUAGUUUUGUGAUGCCCCCUCAAGUGCAGUGAUGGUCACCUGGGAAGAGAGCUCCUAGGAGUGAUGGCAUCUCAGAGCCAAGCUCGACUCUGACAGUGGUGGUGGUGAUCACGUUUCCUUUUCCUUUUUAGAGCAGAGAGGUGCUUCGUAGAAUCUGAUUGCCUAUGCCCUGUAAAUAGUGUACAUUUAAUUUAUUGCUACGGUAACACGGUGUAUUGGUUAAUGUAUAAAACAAAUUCUAAAAGGUUCACAAAUGUAUAUUUUGUUGCUUAAAUGUGUCUUUGCAGAAUUCACAAUAAAUAACAUAUUUUGUGUC